AUGGAUGAUUGUGGUGAUGAUGGCGCUGCUGCUAAGCAGCGAGGCUCUGCCUUACCUGAGGUACCAACCAAAAGUCCCACACCACAGGCGCUCACAGUUGAGGAUCUCCAUCACGAGUCGAUGGAUCCUCUGACCGCAGACAAUCAAGAACCACUCCGAUCCGUCGAAGCCCAGCCAGAGCCCGCCCAAGCCAGCGAACACUCGUCUCCGAAACCACCCACAGAACCGCCCUCGGAUAACAAUGUACCCCAGAUUGAGCAGAGCAAUCCUCCCACAAAGAGCAGUCCCAUUCCUUCGGACAUCAUCGAGAUCUCUGAUGACGAGGGCGAUGGCGAGAACACUGCCGGCGCCGGACCAAGCACUUCAGUCCCACCAAUUCAGCGAACAAUCGUCAAGAAGGAACCAGUUCCCGAGCGCGAAAUUCUGGAGACCCCUCAAGGAUCUGCUGAACGUGAAAUCCAACCUCAACGACUUCCCUCACUACCAAUCGCAGAGUCCAUCGAAGGUAUCGAUUUUCAUGCCACGGAAGAUCAUGGUCCUCCCAACAUCGAAGAUCACGGUAUGCACAACGGAGAAGAUGACGAGAUGAACGAUGCUGAGAUGGAACAACUGCUUGCAGAGUUCACCAGAAAUACAGAAGCAAUGCCGGCCAACCCUCAGCCCGAUGAUCUUGCUGAUAUUGGUGAUCACAUGGAGCUAGAUAGCGAUGCGGAAGAUGCUCGCAAGAAAGAAGAGUUCAAGAAAGCCAAGAGAACCUAUGAACGUCGGAAGAAGGCCGGCAAGCUGGAUAUGCCUGCUCGAAUCGCAUUCCUGCAAGCCGAGGCUGCUGAGAAAGCUCGUCUGAAUGCUCGCAAGGGAAAGCAGGCCUACCGCGAGGAAGAACAUUCGAUGUUCGUGUCUGAGCACGAAGAUUCCCCCUCUGACGACGAGCAUGGCUUUGAGAUGUUGGACGAUGACAUCCUCGAGAUGGGUCCAACGAGAUCUGUCGCAGAGUCUAAUCUCGAAUCAGGCCACAUGCAAAUCGCUCCAGCCGAUGAGAAUGGUGCUGCCAACGACAUAGAUGAAGGAGCCCAAGGUAUGCCUGCUAAGCGUGGUCGAGGCCGGCCACGAGUCUCAACACACAAAGCCAAGGCGACAGCACCACCUACUGCCUCCGUUCGCGGCAAAGGCAGAGGAGGCCGGCCUCGAGGCUCACGUACCACUGCACGUGGGCGUGGUGGUCGCAAGCAGCCAGAUCGAAGCCUCUUCCAGGGUGUUGAUUCACUGCUUCCUUACGAUUUGUUGGGUCAGGCUACAAAGAAUCGCGAAGCUGAAGCGCAGCCAACGUCUAACCAAACUCGGCGACAUCUGGCUUUGGCCGAACUCAUUGCAUCAAUCCCGCAAGAACACAGAGACCAACACGUCGGUGACAAGAAACUCCUGGAAUUAGCAAUCAAAAGUUUCAAUGGCAGAGGAGCCAUGAGAGCUGAUGGCGAGGGAGCUUGGCGCCUGAGAGGAAUGAGGACCUCUCUGCAUCAUUACCAGACCAUCGGCGCAGGUAAGAUGCGAGAACGUGAGAAUGAAGGUAAGCCGUCCGGCGGCAUGCUGAGCGAUGAAAUGGGUCUUGGCAAAACCGUCAUGGCCAUUGCUAACAUCGUCGACGGACGAGCACCACUCGAGAGUACUCAUAAAGCCACUCUAAUUGUCACUCCCGCGGUCCUUCAACAGCAGUGGUUCAACGAACUCAACAAGCACGGCGACCCCAAACAUGGCUAUCUGAGAAGCGUCAUGAUCUACAAAGCCAGCCAGGCUGUUGCUAUUCAGAACCCCAUCGAAAUGCUGAGCGCCUUCGAUGUCGUCAUCACAUCGUACCACGAGAUCGUCAAGUCCUAUCCAAAGAAAGAAUAUCCGAAACACCUCAUCACUGCUCGAGCCAAAGAGGAAUGGUGGGAGAAGCACUUUGAGGAAAACAAAGGCCUCCUGCAUCGAAUCAAGUGGCAUCGCAUUGUUCUCGAUGAAGCCCAGGCUAUCAAGAACUACACUUCUCGUACAAGUGAGGGCGCUUGGAAACUUCGAGGUCGCUUUCGCUGGACGCUGUCAGGAACACCAGUCGUCAAUUCUUUGGAGGAAUUCUUUGCCUACUUCCGAUUCCUCAAGGUCUUCGCCACUGGUGACUUCGAUGUGUGGAAAACGAAUUUCUGCAAGAAAGGGUCUACCGAUGCUCUCAAGCGUCUCAAGGCAAUGCUUGAGAAAAUGAUGAUUCGACGGACUCAUAAAGAUCAGCUCUUCGGUCGCCCGAUCAUUCAGCUGCCUCCGGCGAAGCCCGUCAAGACGAUUGAGCUCGAAUUCAGUGUCUUCGAGAGAGCACUAUACAAGAUUGUCCGCGAUCGCUUCAUUCAGCGAAUCAACACCUGGAGGAAUGGGUCAAUGCUGGCUGUCAGCUACUCAAACAUCUUCGUUCUCCUAAUGCGUCUUCGUCAAUUGACCGCGCAUAUGAUGCUCAUCCAGAGGACACUGAAAGAUUUGCUACAGAUUGAGGAUCUUGAGAAGCUGUGGACCUUGUCGAACUCUCCAGAAAUGCAGAAUGAUCCUAUUACCCGUCAACAAGUGGCUGGUCUGCAGGCUGGCUAUCGACCCCAGGAGGGCUUUGAUCAACCUUUGGGCGCGUCAGCAUCCACUCCCCAGGAGGGCUCCAGUGCAUCGGCAUCUGUCAACGUCGACCUCGCUAGUGGCAGCCAAGUUACGACGGCCUCAUCGGAUGACAGACACUUGCUCUCUGUCGCUGAGGUACCUUCCCGCUUCAAUGGCGACAUCUCCCAACAAUUUCGCCGCUGUCUCAAAGCCAUGCACGACGAUGGGCAAUGGGAGAAAGCAAAUAAUCGAUCUCUUUGUCCCCUUUGCGGCCAGCAGCCCAGCAACCCCUACGUGACCAGCUGCCUCCACAUCUACUGCUUCGCCUGCCUCAAUCAAGUCGCCUACGAGAGCAUGGUCGCUGGCGGCGAGUCCGCUACCUGCCUCGAAUGCAGCUGUCGAUUCAAAAAGUCCGAGUCCUACGCUGCGCAGGCUUUCAAUGACGCGUCCAAAGGCACACCCGUUGCUCAAGACAUGAGCAAGAAACGGAAGCGCAACAAGGAUAGUCCUGAGGAAGACAUCAAUUGGUUGAACAUCGCCAAUCCAGUCAUUCAGUCCACGAAAACAAUGGCGGCUGUGAAGCAGAUCAAGGAAUGGCAAGCAGAGAAUCCCGACAACAAGAUCCUGCUGUUCUCUCAGUUUCGAGGCGUUCUACGUGUGUUUAGCAAAAUCUGCGACGAGGAGGGCUGGGGACACGCUCAAUUUCAUGGAGAGAUGACCUUCGACGCGCGCAACAAGGCCAUUUCUCGCUUCGAGGAGGACCCUGACUGCAAGAUCCUGCUGGCGGCUAUGAUGGCUGGUGGGGUAGGUCUGAAUCUGACCAUGGCCAACCGCGUCAUCCUCAUUGACCUGUGGUGGAAUGUCGCAAUGGAAACGCAAGCGUUCUGUCGCGUCUUCCGCAUCGGUCAAACCAAGGACGUGGAGGUUGUAAGACUUGCGGUGAAGAACACGAUCGACAUGGACAUCUUGCAGAUGCAGAAACGGAAGACCCUCGAGAUCGACAGCGCGAUGGAGAAGAAGAAUCGCGUCGGGAAGCUUACCACGGAAGAAUUGCUGAGGCUGUUCGCGCCGAUUGAGGACACGAAUGACGGCGAUGAGGACUGCGAGGAGGAACAACAGGGACAGGGAGGCCGUCGCAGUGGCCGAAACCGCAACAGUGGUCGCUCUGGCUACGCCGAGGCGGGCGCUGAGGAGUCAUUCAUCAUGCCCGACGAUCCGUAUGUGGCUCCGGAUAGCGAUGUUGAAGAGGGCGUUGAGGGUGGGAUGGGUGUUGAGGAGGACUUGGCUUGA